CCCAAUUUGAUUUCCCUCUUUCCUGACCGGCUCUCGAAUCUUCCCCUGUAAGCCACGCACGCACGAGCUCGGGAGCGAAAAAUCCCCCAAACCCAAACCCUAACCCCCUUCGGUUCCCCGCCAUGGCCUCGCCCGGCACGGACGACGACAUCGGCGAUAACCACCUGUUCGACGGCGUCCGCUUCUUUCUCGUCGGAUUCGAGGGCGACGUCGCGUCCCAGUACCGUUUGGAGAUGGAGCGGCACGGAGGCGUCGACGCCGGGCCGUCGGGCAACGGGUGCACGCACGUUGUCGUGUCGAACCUCUUCUACGAUGACCCGACGUGCGUGGCCGCGCGAGCAGAGGGGAAGAAGGUCGUCAGCGAGCAAUGGGUGGAGGACAGCUUGGAUCACGGGGUGCUUGCUGAUGCUGAUAGGGUUAUCUAUUGGCCGGCGAGACAUUCAAAGGGAAUACCGGGUGCGCAAUCACUGCUUAUCUGUUUGACGGGUUACCAAAGAAACUAUCGCGAAUACAUAAUGAAAAUGGUUUCUUUAAUGGGAGCACGAUUCUCCAAACCUUUGUUAGCAAAUGCCGUCACUCACCUUAUUUGCUAUAAAUUUGAAGGUGAAAAGUAUGAGGUUGCGAAAAAGGUGAACAUCAAACUUGUUAAUCACUGGUGGUUGGAAGACUGCUUAAAGGCAUGGGAAAUUCUCCCAGUCGAUGAUUAUAGUAAAAGCACUUGGGAUCUAGAGUUAAUGGACGCGCAUGCCAAUGACUCUGAACAUGAAGCAGAAGCUGCAGGUCCAAGGCCGUUGAACAGUAGGUCCAAUGUCAGGUGCACCCCCAACUCAAAAAGUUGCGAGGAAGCUAUUGUGAAGCCUGAUGUCUAUGCAUCAAAGCUAUCACCUAUCACUCCCAGUGGCAAUAGACUGGUGGUUGCGGGAAGAAAUUUGAACACCCUUGGUCAUAUCAUAAAGACAGAAUAUGCAGAAAACAAGACACAUGGCGUUGCAGGUCAAAGCAGUGCUACUGCUAACUCUACGAUUGCAGUUUCUGCUAAGGUUAAUGUCUUUGCACCCAUUCAAAGCCCACCAGGUCAUAUCAUGAAGACAGAAAUGGAAAGCAGCAAGACACAUGAUAUUAUAGGCCAAGGCAGUCCUAACUCUAGUUUAUUGGCAGUUUCUGCAAUGGAUGAUGUCCUCGCACCCAUUCAAACUUCACUUGGCCUCAGUCAAAAGAGAGAUAACUCUGUAGUAAGAAACAUAAAUAGCCUGAAUGUGCAGAAAGCUGAAGAAAAAUAUGUUGGUGUAAACACACAGGACCUUGCAAGUGGUAUUGUAGUCCCUACAAGCUCAAGCAAAGUGACUCUUUUUAGUAAUCAUCAUCUAAAUACCUUAAAUGGGACUCCAGGCAUUCUAAUUGGCCAUACGGAUAAUGUUUCUGGAAAAUCUUCUGCCAGUCAUGAUCAGAUUGAUGUUAGUAAAGUCCUAUUGACCAGCCCUUCAAGAGGAAACCAGUCUGUGAAUGUUGUCGAUUCAUCAAAAGUUAACAGAUGGCAACAUCAGGAGAAGGACGGACCCUCAGGUAUUGAUGUCACAGGUGCUGGUUGGUUAACUACUGAUGACAAGGUCACCAAUCAUGAGUCCAAUCCAAAAUCAGGAGGUGAUUCCAAAUCCAACAGCAUCAAGAACACAAGGAACUCUAAAAAGGCCUCUCAGAAGUCAUCGUUACUGGAAGGGCAUUCAGUUAACCAUAUGGCAUCACCUAAGAAGGCUGAAGAAAGCACACCAAGAGCUGACUCCAAUAUUUCUUCAUUACAAAUGGGACAUCAAAAGGCUUUUGAGCAUGCUGACGUUCAGAGCAUGAAAGGCAAUGAAAAUAUUAAGACUGUGGAUGGACUAGAUGAUGGUGCAUAUGCUCAGAAAAGGAAAAGCUUAGUCUCCCCAUCUAGCUUAAAUUUGCAAAAGGAAGAUCUGGUGUCCGAAACUGGUCCUUUAGAUUCUCCAUUUGUUAGUUGGCUGAGUGAUGCUUCUGAUGCUGAAGCUAAUGCUGUAAGUUUCAGAAAGCAACAAUCUAGCUUAUCUACAAGCAGAGAAACAAGAUCUAGGAAGACUUCUCUCAAGCACGGUGGUCCCAUUAAUGGAAUCAAGCUUCCUGAAUCUUCUUCAAGUGAUAAGAAUGUAAAAUCUUUACCGAAAGCAAGAAUGUCACUCAAAGCAAUGGAAGAAAGCAAACGCACCACGAGUCCUUCACCCACUGUUCCAGAUGGAAGGACAAGGUCCAGUUUCUCCUUUCAAAAUAAGGACCGGGAAGAUGCACAAGGUAGUGGUAAUGCAGUGAAUCAAGAUUUCUUGCAUGAGAUAGGAAGUGUCCGCACAAAGGAUCAGGCACGUGACAAAUCUGUACGCAGUUCAAGUAAUUCACGCGUCGUUUCCUCUUCUGGAAAUGCUGGCACCAAGAUAACUGAUUCACUCAAAGUCAAUGAUAAUGAAGUGGCAGUGGCAUCAAAUUCUGAACUUGAGAAGGUGGUGUCUGAUGCCAAUGUGAAAGAAGGCAAAAACCGAUUUCAAGACACUUCAAGCAAUGCUCUGGGUGAAACCAGUAAUUCAAAGAAAGUAGCAACUCAUGUUGGAAGGAACGCAGGUGCCAAGAGGCCUCGGGGUGCUAGUAUUGAGGAUGAAGGAUCAGCUAAGAAAGUCGUUCCUGAGUCUUGGCCUGCUAUUCGUCAUGGACAUGCUGAUCCAGCCUCUAGAAGUGUCUGCAGCUCGGCAGGUGCAGCUGAACUCAAAACAAAUGCUCCAAAGAAAACACUGAUUUGUGGAGUGACAGAUAUUGUUGCAAAGAGGACACGAAAUGCUUGCGCCAAGAUAGACAACGCACGGCUAACUUCUAGAUUGGAAUUCAGUAAGGUGAAUUCUCAAGAAAAUGUUGAGAUAAACCACAAAAAGUUUUUUGGCACUGAAAAUGCUGAUGAACAUCAAAGAAGUUCGCCGAAGAAAAUACCGAACACCAGAGUAAGAAAUAAAGCUGCGAAGAGGUCACGGAAAUCUGACACCAACACAAGCAAUGAAACAUUGGUUGACAAAAGCGAGACAGUGGCGGCUGGUUCGUUGUUUGAUGACUUGUUUCCCUCAGACAAUGUUGAAGAAUGCCCUAAAAAUCUUUCUAGUUGUGCAAGUGCUAGUGACUGUGGAACACUUACCCCCAAGACCAUUUCGAAUGUCAGAAUUAGGAAUGCAGUUCCCAAGAGGAAAAUAAAAACUGUAGAAGACAAGUCAGGUAGAAAAUGUGGCAAAGUUGGUAGUGCCAUUGCAUCUGUAGCAAAAGCUGUCUCAUCAAAGACAGUCGAAGAGAUUUCAUGCAAUAUCAACAAAGUAACUGCUGAUCCAGACUCCGAGAAAUCCAAUAGGGAUAUGACAAGAGAUGUUUCUGGACUGUUUUGCCAAGAUUCUGGUACUGUAGACAAGCGAGAAGGACCACACAAUUCUAAGUUGAGAAGCAGCAAAAGAAAUAAAGUUCUGACUUCAUAUCAUGAAAAGGAGAACAGACUAGAUUGUAGUAAUCUCAACUCUAAAUCAAAUAGAACUCGCAGUUUGUGUUCCAAAUCUGAUGCAAAAUCAAUUGAGAAACAGACAGUAGUGCUCAGUGAGCACCAAAGGGUAAAAGGAAAUGAAUCUGGAGCCUUGAUCUUGAGUGAACCUUCAUUAUUUAUUUUAAGUGGAGAUCGGGAGCAGAGAAGGGAGUAUCACUCAAUUCUUAGACGCCUGAAGGGACGAGUUUGUAGGGAUUCACAUCAUUGGACAUACGAAGCAACACAUUUCAUUGCCCCAGAUCCUCUUAGGAGAACUGAGAAGUUCUUUGCAGCAGCUGCAGCAGGCAGGUGGAUACUCAAGAGAGAGUACUUGACAUCGUGCGUUGAGGCAGGCAAGCUUCUGGAUGAGGAACCAUUUGAAUGGUUUGGCACAGGCCUUAAUGAUGGAGAGACAAUCAGCUUUGACGCACCCAGAAAAUGGCGAAAUAUAAGGCAACAGAUGGGACAUGGUGCCUUCUAUGGAAUGCAGAUCGUUGUCUAUGGACAGCUUAUAUUACCAACGUUGGAUACAUUGAAGCGCGCCGUAAAAGCUGGUGAUGGCACCAUUUUGGCGACAUCACCACCAUACACCCGAUUUCUAGACUCUGGACUUGACUUCGCUGUGGUAUCAGCGAGCAUACCAAGAGCAGACGCAUGGGUUCAGGAGUUCAUCCGGCACGGUAUUCCCUGUGUCAGUGGCGAUUAUCUGGUUGAGUACGUCUGCAAGCCUGGCCACCCCCUCGACCGACAUGUUCUCUUCAAGACGAACAAUCUGGCCAACAAGUCCCUUGAGAAACUCAAGAAGAACCAGGACGAGAUGGCCACCGAGGAGACGGAACAGUCGGAAGACGAAGACGAUCCGGAGGACCUGAGUUGCUCAGCGUGCGGGCUCAAGGACCGGGGAGAAGUGAUGCUGAUCUGUGGUGACGAGGAUGGCGAAACCGGUUGUGGGAUCGGUAUGCACAUCGACUGCUGCGACCCUCCCCUGGACGCUGUCCCCGACGACGAUUGGUUGUGCCCCAAGUGCGCUGUACCGAAAGCCAAGACAAAGCCUACUAGAGGCGCUGAGCGCAAGGCAAGGGGAUCCAGGCGAGGGUGACCCGGCGAUGUUGUGUACUACACCCUUGUUUUAUUAAACGGAAUAAUGUAGCAAUAACGGAGCCAUUGUGAAGUUAUCAGAAAUACCGUCUCAGCAUAUCUUCGACCAAGUA